UCCAGGUUCUGAAACAGCUCCUCAUCAGCUGGUGCGUCUGGGCUGGGACAGUGAAAAUGUUUAGUGUCAUCGGCGACAAAUACAUGUACAAGAGACCCCAAUAGGCAGGCUGGUGUGUUGGAGGGACAGGAGGCAAAGAGAGAAGCCUGACACAGGUGUGCGCACACGCACAGGGGUGGCCGGCCACAUGUGUAUGUGCUUUAAGGAGAGACUUUAGUUUUGGUUUUUGUUUUGGUAUCUGGGGUGAACUUUCUGUUGAACGUUUUCCCUAUUUAGGUUUUUUUUUUUUUUUUUUGCAUUUAAAAAUUUUUGAAUAUAAAAAGUGAAAAGAGUCAAAUCUUUGAAAGGACUGAGGCGUGCAGUGGACAGCAGAUGGAUCCUGCAGUCAGCAGCUGUAUGAGGAGCCCCCAGCCCCCAGCCCCUGUCUGGGGCUGCCUUCGAAACCCCCACUCUGAAGGCAGUGGGGCCUCAGGGCUACCCCACUACCCGCCAACCCCGUUCUCCUUCCACCAGAAACCAGACUUCCCAGCGACAACAACAGCAGCGUACCCUGACUUCUCAGCCUCCUGCCUGGCGGCCACCCCACACAGCCUACCCCGGGAGGAGCGCAUCUUCACUGAGCAGCACCCUGCCUUCCCCCAGCCCCCUGAUUGGCACUUCCCUGUCUCAGAGGCUCGGCACAGGCCUAACUCAGGCCCAGCUGGGGGCUCCAGGGAGAUGGGGACCAGCAGCCCAGGCCUGGUGGAUCCCACAGGAGGCCCAGGCGAGGACUAUGGGGUGCUUGGGAGCACUGCCAAUGAGACAGAGAAGAAAUCAUCCAGACGGAAAAAGGAGUGUUCAGGUCAAAGUGUGGUUCCAGAACCGAAGGAUGAAGUGGAAGCGUGUAAAGGGGGGUCAGCCCAUCUCACCCCACGGGCAGGACCCCGAGGAUGGGGAUUCUGCAGCCUCUCCAAGUUCAGAGUGAGAUUCUCCAUGGAGAAUAAAAAAGACAAAGAACUGAGCCCCCUACCCAUCUACCUUCAUCCCAAUCCCACCUUCACCUUCUUCCUUCAGAAGUGUCCCAGGGCAGUCUUUCCAUGUCUUGCAAUGACUCUUGGAUAUGAGGCUGCCCUGCAUUCCUGGAAGUCUCUGAAUUUCCCAGAAAGUUCUGUCCAGCAUCCCUUUGUCUUAGCAGCCCCUUCCCAGGGCCUUUGCUCCCCACACUGUCGUGGAAUCAUACAGAGAUCCUGCCAGAUGGGACAAGCCUAGAAAUAGCUCCAGGGACACUGCUUCUCAGGGUCACUUGGCUAUCACCCACCCCUCCUCCUACUACCUUCCUCUGACAUGAGCCAGGCUUCCUCCAGGUUUGGACACCACCUGGCCUGCUGGGAGAGGAGCCUUGGAACCAGCUGGUGACUCAUGAAAGCAAAUGUUCCAAAAGAAAGGAAGUGACUGAGACACACAACCUGGCCCACCUUUCCUCUCUGGGUUCCACAUCUGGGCCCUUGGUUAUCCCCAAACCCCAGGGAAUAUCAGUAUGAGGAGGGGUAAGGGCAGCAACUCAGCUCCUGUAAGUUAGGAACCCAGCCUCUGAAUUUCUUCACUAAGUGGGCAAAUUUCUGAGCAUUGGCUGAGAGAAGACAGAAAAAUGACCUGUGUAAGGCUCUGUGUUCCCAUAUAGGCUGUCCACAAUGGCUUGACUGGGCGGAUGAAAAUGAACCCAGGAUAGCAUCUGCUGCUUCAGAAUCAAUUUAGGGAUAUAGCUGAACUGCUGAGCAGUGCUCCAGAGAAGAGGAGCGGCUAUUCCUCUCCAGAUGCUUACAUUUGUUGAGCUGAGGGCUGGAAAGUGGCCCCUGCAUUCAGAGGAUGGAAGAUAAUAUUAUGGCUGCUGGGUGAGGGCCUAGAGAUGUGGAACCCUGGAGGGGACAGCUCUACAGCUGUAGUGCCCCUUGACUGCAUAAAGGGACAAGAAAACAAUCCCUCUUCCUCUAGAGGAUGCAUUUGAGCCCCUCCUAUGUCUCCCACACAUGCUGUUACUAUGAGAGGAACUGCUAGGUUUAUGUGUGUGGAUUGCUGAGACCUUAGCCAGGUCAUCCAAGGAUGCCACUUGAGGACUGAUGGCUGAACAGUCUAGGGCAGGGGUGGUCAAACUGUGGCCCGUGGGCCACAUGAGGCAGUGUGAUUGUAUUUGUUCCCGUUUUGUUUUUUUACUUCAAAAUAAGAUAUGUGCAGUGUGCAUAGGAAUUUGUUCAUAGUUUGUUUUUUUUUUAACUAUAGUCUGGCCCUCCAACGGUCUGAGGGACAGUGAAUUGGCACCCUGUUUAAAAAGUUUGAGGACACCUGGUCUAGGGCAACUAAAGUCCUUGAAAGAGACAAUGCCCCACCCCCAGUGUUGUCUCCUCACCAGCUGGUGUUGCAGAAGGAGAUUAACAAGAGUUUGGAUCUCUCUAUGCAGUUGUAAUCAUAAAAGUAACCCCACCUCCUCACCCCAGAAAGGACAAAAGCUGGAAAAAUGAUUGCCAAAUGAGAUGGCUGGUUAGAGCAUGUAUGAUUUUUCUAAAGCAUAUGUCAUAUAUUUUCUUAAGAUUACAUCAAGCUAACUGUGCAAGGUCAAUUAACUUUGUAAGAAAAGUCUUGGAGAAAUAAAAUCA